AUGAGGAGACAAGGCACUACCCCUGCAUCUGUUGCCUUUGGCAUAAAGGAGGAACCAGGACAGGACACAUGGGCUGGAAGCGUUGCCUUGUCCUCUACCUCAUCUGUGGGGAAGAUUUUUGGAGUGCCUCCUAUGAAGAAGAAGGACUAUUCCUUUAGGGGUAAAGCCUCAGUGGAGAAACAUGGGGUAGGCCACAUGGAUGCCAGUUGUGAACUCUGUGGAUUUUACUUUGAGAACCGGAAGGCACUGGCCAGUCAUGCUCGAGCACAUUUACGUCAGUUUGGAGUGACAGAGUGGUGUGUAAAUGGUUCGCCUAUCGAGACGCUGAGUGCCUGGAUACGCAGCCGUCCACAGAAGGCAGCAGAGAUGCAGCAAAGUUAUGUUCAAGGAGCCCGCUAUGCCCAAAAGAAAAGGUGUGGUUCUGCUCUCUCACCAUCCCGUGACUCUGACUCUACAACUCCUGUUUCCCAAAAGCCCACUGUGGCCAAAUGGGCAUCUCUCACUUUGCCUCAAAAGAGAGCAAUUGGGCGGGAUGUCAAAAGUUGUCCCUGGGGGUUGUCAUCACGGGGAACUGACGCAAAAAGCAGGAGUGGAAGUUCCACUCAGCAUGGCCUUAUUCCACAGCCUGGCACUCAUCAUUCCAAUAAUGCACUUCCACAUGCGCAGGUGGCGCAUAGUGAACUCAACGUGCGUUUACCACGAGGAUUUGAGAGACGCCCACUUAAACAUCCAUCCCAUGCUGAAGGAGGGGUGGGAGAGAGUGGCACCCCGAAACCUCGCUCCAGUACCGUUCCUGCCCUUGUGCCAAAGCCCCCCUCCACUCCACUGGUUAAACUUGUGGGUAAAAUUUACUCACUUAAGUGCCGGUUCUGUGACGUGGAGUUUCACGGCCCUCUCUCGGUACAGGAGGACUGGAUCAGGCACCUACAGCAGCACAUCCUCAAUCUUAACUACAACAAGACUGCUUCACCUGCAAACGACAGUCCCGCCCAAAGUGACGCACCUGAUCCCAAGCCCCUAGUCUCAGCUGCUACCUCCACGUCAACUACGACCACAGCCCCCUCCACGACCCCGUCCACACCCUCCCCGAAGCCCACAACUACACCCACAUCAGCCUCCACACCUACACCCGCCCCCAGCCAAGCUUCAGCGGGGCGGCCGGCUACAGCAGAGCCAGUUCCUUCUCCUGCUAAUUAGGCCAUGUGUCCUUCCUACAUAUGUAUAAGAUGCCAUCAUCUUCGGCAGUCAUUUACAUGAUUUGUUUCUGUAUUACUCAUCUUUGAUUAUUUAAAUCUCUGAUCAAAGGGAGAGAUUUUUCGAAAAAUCUCAGCUAGCGACCCACUUACCCUGACCUACAUCGCGAGCAUCUGUUAUGAUUCAGGCGCGAGGUAGGUGUGUUGCCAUGACAGUUCUCAUCUCCCUUUUGUCGGCCGUAAUUUAUGAACAAGAAAAAGUCACAGUAUAAUACAAAUUACAUUUGUUUUGUGGAUAAGCUUUGAUGAGUAUGUGGUGAGUUCAGUUCUGUAAGCUAUUUGGCCCUUAUGCCCAAUGACUAGUAUUUGUUUUUUGAAAAUAUCUCACAAAACUCUUUAGCUUACCAAAUGUAUUCUUAAAUGGUCAGCAAAGUAGAGAAUUACAAUCAAAAAGGCACAGAUACUGUAUAAAGCUAACCCUUAAAUGGUUUUCACUAUGAAGCACUUAAACAAAAAGCCUUGACCGUUUGAAACAAAGCUUAUCUGUUUCUAGCAUAUACAAGUUCACAGUUUGUGUUAACUGUUAAAAGUUAACUGUUUCAGCUGUGAUAAUUGACUACAAGGCUGUACUGCCAUGCAGCUAUCAAAAUAUACGAUGUUCGUUUUAAGCAGACAAAGAUGGGUUUGUGUCCUGACAGGACAUGGCUUUUCUUUUCUGCAGUCCCACUGCAAUCUAGACCUUGAUAAUGUCAUUUGAAUCUUGCCACUUGGUUGAUCAAAUUUGUCUGGAACCAAUUGCUGCUAAAUAUUUAAAUAAGCUAAGCACACUUAGUUAAAUGCAUCGUUUUAGCACAUGACCAACAAAAUGAGCAUGCAAAUUGUCAUGCUUUCCAGUUGUAUUCAACCGUACGUAUUUAUGCCUUUGUUGCUUUUUUGUAUGGCUCAUUGUUUUGUAGCAAGUUUGCACAAGCUUCAUGCUUUGAUUAAUCCGAUCCUAGAUCGCUCCAUUUUCUCUCCAUUUAAUCCUGUGCUUGGCACAAAGUAAACUCUAAAUGAAACAGUCGACGCAGCUGUCUAAAAGACUUCUUUGUUACU